AUGAUGACCCUUCGCUUGUCUGUGCUUCCAGCAGGGCUCAGACACUCGAUCUUUGCUCGCGUAGGACUGUCCUCAUCCCGACGUGUCUCCUCUUCGGCACGCACUUCCUCUUUGUCAUAUCAGUUCUUCACCCGCACUGCUGCACCCAGCCCAUUUCUUGGACGCAAACUUCUCUGGCUGGUACCAAUAGCGGGGGGGAUCGCUCUCUAUGCCGCCCCACAGCCGCGCUCUCGUCUUCCCAGCGUCUUCGCCUCGUCCACACUUAUACCAUGUCCUCCUUCUCCCCAGGUCCACACAAAUAUUAUGUCUCCCGCAGAACCGGAUAGAUCAAUAUUGUCACGCAUAAUCUCCCUGCUACAUGACACCAUCUGGGAGCCGCUCCUCACUACACGUAGAUUCAUUCAUUUAUUCUUCUUGUUCGCGCCUGUGCUACUCUCCACGCCUAUGUUGCUCGUCGGACGGCCUGAUUCAAGAAUUGCUGGUGAUAGAUGGGGUGCUGUCUGGUGGUAUGGUUUCCUGACGGCUCAGAUGCAGCGUGCUGGUCCAACUUUCAUCAAGCUGGCCCAGUGGGCGGCGUCAAGAGCCGAUUUGUUCCCAUCGCUAUUAUGCGACCGACUAGGGGCUCUACAUUCACGCGGGAAAGCACACCUGCUGUCUCAUACUAAGCAUGUGAUCGAAGACGUCUUUCAACGGCCCUUUGACGAGGUUUUCGAGGAAUUUGAUGAGACACCCAUUGGAACUGGUGCUAUUGCGCAGGUCUACAGAGCUACGUUGAAGAAGGACCUUAUCCCUCCAUCUCACCUCACACCAAAACGGCACCACAGACACGGUCUUCCUUCCGCUUUGAUGCCCGAAGAACCGCCCUCCGCCCCAACAGCCGCAGUAGCCAUCAAGGUCCUACAUCCACACGUUGCGAAGCUCAUUGCGCGCGACCUAUCCAUCAUGUCAUUCUUCGCCCACCUCUUUACCCUUUUUCCCGGCAUGCAGUGGCUUUCAUUACCAGAGGAAGUUGCAGUGUUCGGUGGGAUGAUGCGCGAGCAGCUCGAUCUACGGCAUGAAGCCGAGAACCUUGACAUUUUUGGGCACAAGUUUGAUGGGCGGAAGCUUCCCGUGACAUUCCCUCGCCCGCUCAGAAUGUGGAGCACGCAGGAUCUCCUGGUGGAGGAGUUCCAGAAUGCGUUGCCCAUGGAGAUCUUCCUCAAGAACGGAGGCGGGCCCUACAAUGACAUUCUUGCUGAAGUUGGGCUUGACACAUUCCUAAAUAUGCUGCUGCUGGACAAUUUCGUCCAUUCAGAUUUGCACCCAGGAAACAUCAUGGUUAAGUUCUCUAAACCCGUUGCCGUCAUCCCUCGCACUUUGGAUUCUAUCUUCGGCCAAUCAAUCUCCACUGAUCCCGCAGGUACUCCACCCCCUGGUUCGACCGAGUCUGCAUCUGAUACCGUGGUCUCGCAUCUGCGUACACUGGCGAACGACCCACCUGCCUGGCGCGCAUCGCUCGAGUCUCUGUACAACGAUGGAUAUGCGCCUGAGAUUGUCUUCGUCGACGCCGGGCUUGUGACGAGCCUGAACGAGUUGAACCGCGAGAACUUCCUAGAUCUCUUCCGUGCGGUUGCCGAAUUCGACGGGUAUCGCGCGGGGAUGCUCAUGGUCGAGCGCUGCCGCACGCCUGAGCUCGCGAUCGACACUGAGACGUUCGCUCUCCGCAUGCAGCACAUCGUGCUGAACGUCAAGCGCAAAACGUUCUCGCUCGGGCAGAUCAAGAUCUCAGACAUCCUUACCGAUGUGCUCAAAGUCGUCCGACAGCACCAUGUCAAGAUGGAGGCCGACUUUGUGAACACAGUCAUCUCGAUUCUGCUACUUGAGGGUAUCGGGCGCCGGUUGGAUCCCAAUCUUGAUCUGUUCAAAAGCGCCCUCCCGAUUUUGAGGCAGCUGGGCAGGCAGAUGUCUACACAGGAGAAUAUGUCGCAGCUUCCUUCCGGCAAUGUUGGAGUUUUCUUAAAGGUAUGGGUCUGGAUGGAGGCGCGUGAGUUUGCCUCCGCUGCGUUCGUGGAUGCGGACGAGAUGGUUAAAUAUGAUUGGCUCGCACCUAGUAUAUAG